GCCCUAGCGGUUGCACUCGUGUCGAUUGUGAUCUGUUUAUUGGAAUUGCCAUCAACACUGGAGAUGAUGGAUUCCUUGAUAUCUAUAUGGAGGGAAGUGCAGCUGGCUGGAUCGCAGUGGGCUUCAGUGAGACUGCUGACAUGUUCUCUGCAGAUGUGGUGGCAUGCAACAGAUUGGGUGAUGACAUUGUGGUGAUUGAUGGCUGGAACCCUCCACCCAAUGACAGGAACAGCCAGAGGGACACUGCAAGACACCACUCUCUAUACUAGCUCCUAUGAUGCUAGCGGCAACGGAAGGAUUGUCUGCACUGUCUCCAAGCGUAUUGCUCCAUCAAGUGCCCAAGAUCUUGACCUCUCUCAACCUCUCUUUGUGAUCUAUGCUCGUCGUCUAGGAAUCUCCCCCAACCUCGACACAAUAGACAGUCAUGCCAAUGGGGGCAUAGCCGUGAGAGGGGCCACUGGGAACAGACUGGUACCAUCCUCAGGUAUAGGCAACAACACAUCACCCUCAACCACUGAGGCCCCUCCUAUGACCACCGCUGUCCCUGGCAACACGGUGGCCCCUCAGAGAUCACCUGAUGCCUAUGGCCUUCAAGUGGUGAGCCCUAGUGGUUGCACUCGUGUCGAUUGUGAUCUGUUUAUUGGAAUUGCCAUCAACACUGGAGAUGAUGGAUUCCUUGAUAUCUAUAUGGAGGGAAGUGCAGCUGGCUGGAUCGCAGUGGGCUUCAGUGAGACUGCUGACAUGUUCUCUGCAGAUGUGGUGGCAUGCAACAGAUUGGGUGAUGACAUUGUGGUGAUUGAUGGCUGGAACCCUCCACCCAAUGACAGGAACAGCCAGAGGGACACUGUGCAAGACACCACUCUCUAUACUAGCUCCUAUGAUGCUAGCGGCAACGGAAGGAUUGUCUGCACUGUCUCCAAGCGUAUUGCUCCAUCAAGUGCCCAAGAUCUUGACCUCUCUCAACCUCUCUUUGUGAUCUAUGCUCGUCGUCUAGGAAUCUCCCCCAACCUCGACACAAUAGACAGUCAUGCCAAUGGGGGCAUAGCCGUGAGAGGGGCCACUGGGAACAGACUGGUACCAUCCUCAGGUAUAGGCAACAACACAUCACCCUCAACCACUGAGGCCCCUCCUAUGACCACCGCUGUCCCUGGCAACACGAUGGCCCCUCAGAGAUCACCUGAUGCCUAUGGCCUUCAAGUGGUGAGCCCUAGCGGUUGCACUCGUGUCGAUUGUGAUCUGUUUAUUGGAAUUGCCAUCAACACUGGAGAUGAUGGAUUCCUUGAUAUCUAUAUGGAGGGAAGUGCAGCUGGCUGGAUCGCAGUGGGCUUCAGUGAGACUGCUGACAUGUUCUCUGCAGAUGUGGUGGCAUGCAACAGAUUAGGUGAUGACAUUGUGGUCAUUGAUGGCUGGAACCCUCCAUCCAAUGACAGGAACAGCCAGAGGGACACUGUGCAAGACACCACUCUCUAUACUAGCUCCUAUGAUGCUAGCGGCAACGGAAGGAUUGUCUGCACUGUCUCCAAGCGUAUUGCUCCAUCAAGUGCCCAAGAUCUUGACCUCUCUCAACCUCUCUUUGUGAUCUAUGCUCGUCGUCUAGGAAUCUCCCCCAACCUCGACACAAUAGACAGUCAUGCCAAUGGGGGCAUAGCCGUGAGAGGGGCCACUGGGAACAGACUGGUACCAUCCUCAGGUAUAGGCAACAACACAUCACCCUCAACCACUGAGGCCCCUCCUAUGACCACCGCUGUCCCUGGCAACACGGUGGCCCCUCAGAGAUCACCUGAUGCCUAUGGCCUUCAAGUGGUGAGCCCUAGUGGUUGCACUCGUGUCGAUUGUGAUCUGUUUAUUGGAAUUGCCAUCAACACUGGAGAUGAUGGAUUCCUUGAUAUCUAUAUGGAGGGAAGUGCAGCUGGCUGGAUCGCAGUGGGCUUCAGUGAGACUGCUGACAUGUUCUCUGCAGAUGUGGUGGCAUGCAACAGAUUGGGUGAUGACAUUGUGGUGAUUGAUGGCUGGAACCCUCCACCCAAUGACAGGAACAGCCAGAGGGACACUGUGCAAGACACCACUCUCUAUACUAGCUCCUAUGAUGCUAGCGGCAACGGAAGGAUUGUCUGCACUGUCUCCAAGCGUAUUGCUCCAUCAAGUGCCCAAGAUCUUGACCUCUCUCAACCUCUCUUUGUGAUCUAUGCUCGUCGUCUAGGAAUCUCCCCCAACCUCGACACAAUAGACAGUCAUGCCAAUGGGGGCAUAGCCGUGAGAGGGGCCACUGGGAACAGACUGGUACCAUCCUCAGGUAUAGGCAACAACACAUCACCCUCAACCACUGAGGCCCCUCCUAUGACCACCGCUGUCCCUGGCAACACGAUGGCCCCUCAGAGAUUACCUGAUGCCUAUGGCCUUCAAGUGGUGAGCCCUAGCGGUUGCACUCGUGUCGAUUGUGAUCUGUUUAUUGGAAUUGCCAUCAACACUGGAGAUGAUGGAUUCCUUGAUAUCUAUAUGGAGGGAAGUGCAGCUGGCUGGAUCGCAGUGGGCUUCAGUGAGACUGCUGACAUGUUCUCUGCAGAUGUGGUGGCAUGCAACAGAUUAGGUGAUGACAUUGUGGUCAUUGAUGGCUGGAACCCUCCAUCCAAUGACAGGAACAGCCAGAGGGACACUGUGCAAGACACCACUCUCUAUACUAGCUCCUAUAAUGCUAGUGCUGGGAGCAACGGAAGGAUUGCUUGCACUGUCUCCAAGCGUAUUGCUCCAUCAAGUGCCCAAGAUCUUGACCUCUCUCAACCUCUUUUUGUGAUCUAUGCUCGUCGUCUAGGAAUCUCCCCUAACCUCGACACAAUAGACAGUCAUGCCAAUGGGGGCAUAGCCGUGAGAGGGGCCACUCCCAGCAGACUGCUAGCAACCAACAGCACAGGAACUGCUGAUGAGAACAUCUUUGAGACUGUACAUAGACCUAAACUGAUCCGAGCUCACGGUAUUCUCAUGAUUAUUGCAUGGCCUCUGUUGGCCGUCACUGCCAUCUUCUUUGCUUUGUUUAUGAGGCCAGCUCUGCCCAAUGGAGAGUGGUUUCAGGUUCAUCGAGCUCUCCUACUGUGUUCCCUGUUCAUUGGAGCUGUUGCUUUCAUACUGAUCUUCAUUGCUCUGGCGAAUUCCAGAGGCCUUGUGGAUGUCACAAGUAAUACUAGUCUAACACAUCUGGUACUUGGAGUGAUUAUCAUGACUCUACAAAUCAUCAAUCCAAUUAUUUCCAUCUUCCGAUGUCAUCCUGGAAACAAAAAUCGUUGGAUCUUCAAUCUGCUCCAUGGCUCUGUCAUUGGACUGUUGGCUGAAAUACUAGCCUUGAUAAAUGUUGCGAUAGGAGUGUACAUCUUCUCCGCUAACUUGAGUCGAUUCCGUUCCACCCGGUCACCAUUCUGGGUGUUCCUAUCCUGGGACAUCUUCUAUAUACUACUGGUGGUGACUCUCUUUGUUGUAUUUACUGUCAUAGCCACUUCAAGGAAAACGAAAGGGUUGGCUCCGUCUGCUGUUCAAGCCCUGUUUUCAGUUAAUGAAGGUGAGAAGAAAGCUGAAAUUGUUGGAAUUAACCUGGAUUCUGCCGUGGGAGACAAACCACAGGAGAAGUGUGCACCAGAACGCAAGACCCCCUCCCAAGAUUCCCCCCUGCGUUGGGCCGCUCUUAUUGUCUACCUGGGCGUGACUGUACCAAUACUGUUGGCUGUGAUCAUCAUGGUAGCUCUCCCUCAGUAGAAACUCACAGAAUUGCAAAUUUAGCACAAGUAUUAUAUAAAUGUAUGUGGCAUAAUUGGCAGAUUUUGCUCGAUAUGUUCCUUUUUUCUUUUUCUCCAGUUAUUCCUCUAUUUUCUUUCAUUGCUGCUACUAUUGAUUCUGAAAUGAUUUUAAGAUUAUAAUUGAGUGUCUGA